AAAUUACUGACCCUGCACUAGAUAGACUGAAAAAAAAAAAUCUGCUGCCUUUCACUUUAAAUCUACAGAGUAGUGUUGUACGGCAGGCCUACACACUGUGUGUGUGUGUGUGUGUGUGAGAGAGAGAGAGUGUGUGUGUGUAUGUGUGUGUGAGAGAGGGUGUGUGUUUGUGUGUGUGUUUGUGUGUGUAUUAGUGUGUGUAUGUGUGUGUGAGAGAGAGAGGGUGUGUGUUUGUGUGUAUGUGUGUGCCUGAGAGAGAGUGUGUGUGUGUGUGUGUGUGUGUGUGUUUGAGGGCGGGCCGGAUUGAGCUGCUGUCAGAACACAGUAAUCUGUUGGGAUGAUGUAAAAAGCAGUGAGGACUGUGCCGUGAGGUUGUUGCUGUGUUUCUGAGCGUCGGGAGGCUUUAACCUGUUCCCGUGGCUUUAACCUGACGCGGUGCUCUGCGGUUCUCUCUGGCUGGAGGAGGAUAAUGCAGAGAUUUGGCAGACACGCAUAACUGCGGGAUAGUGCAUUAGCGGCUUAAGGACAUCUGCUAGUUUUUGGGCCAUGCCUCUGAUCAGCCUGGACGAUGAGGAUCAGAGAUGGGUCCCGACCCACGUCAACGUGACCGUCCUUCGGGCCAGGGCGCUGCGGACCAAGGGCAAGCAGGGCAGCCGCUAUGUGUACACCGUUAUCCAGCUGGGGAAGCUGAAGUACACGACGGGACUGGCGGAGAAAGGGGCCGAGCCCGAGUGGAAUGAGGAGUGCUCGCUGGAGCUGCAGCCCGGCCUGCUGGAGUGUGUGGGCGCGCAUCCGCCCGGCAGCGGGGAUCUCAUCCUCACCGUCAUGCUCCGCGUGCUCAUCGGACUCGACGUGUUCCUCGGUGAGGCCGUUGUGCCUUUGGAUAAGGUGUUUCAGGGAGGGACGUGUCCUAGGAACGAGUGGCUAAAGUUGCACUCUAAAGCUGGGAGGAAGGAGAAGGAACGAGGAGAGCUGCAGCUUACCAUCCAGUUCACUCGCAAUAACAUGACAGCCAGCAUGUAUGAUCUGACCAUCCAGGACAAGCCACGCUCAGCCUUUGGCAAGUUGAAGGAUCGUGUCACAGGCAAGAAAAGAGGAGACAUGGAGUCCUCCUCGGCCAUCCUCCCUGGUCGCUAUGCCGCUCUGUCAAGCUCAACGAGUCAGUCCUUCCAGGAGGAUGGUGGGGGGAGGGACUCAGUUCAGGAGGAGUGUACUGAUGAAGGCAAGAGCAAGGUGAAGGGCUUCUUUCUGAAGGGGAAGUUGCGAAAGAACUCAGACACACGCUCCUGUUCAUCAUUGGCCUCAGAGAGCAGCAUGGCGUCAUCAGCAGGGGAUCCUUUUGUUCCUGUAGAGCUAUGCAGCACACCUGUCUACAGCAGCAGAGUCAUGGAGCCUUUCCGCACUGACUCAGACGGGGGAGUAAAGGUAUUCACGGAUCCUAAAGUGAUGACCCACAAGCGGGCACAUAGUGAUGAGGCCAGUAAGAUCACAGUUGCCUCACGUCCCAGUACGGCUGUAGAGAGUGUAAAAGGCCAGAACAUGCUGCUCUCUAAGUCCACCCUCUGCAUCAAUGGCAGCCAUGUUUACUCUGAGCCUAUCUACUCCAAAGGACCUGGGAGUCUGCCGAUCAAGCGCACGCUACUAGAGAAAUGCUCUCCUUUAUCACGCUCGCUGCAGAAUCUUACCCGCCGCAGUGAAGACACACAGAGGCGUAGCUCCAUUGACAAGAGCAAAAAGGAGCUUGAGGGAGAGGCUGAGGGCUUCUCAGCCCCAAUGGUGGAAGUCACCACCUCAGAGGGGAAGCCAGUGCAUGCCACUGCCCCCCUGAUGAUGGCUUCUUCCACUACAGAUGUCUCAGAUAAAGGGAAGAAGCUGAGGAAGACCCUGUUCUCCAGCGGGAGGAGUGACUCUCUCCCAGCCAAACCUGAGCAGGGUCAGGAGGGACGUCUGCGUGGCUGGUUCGGCUCCAGUGACACCCAAAACAAGCCAAGGCUGGGAGUUCCUCCUAAAGUAGAAAGCAGCCCAGAAACAUCCGCUUCCCUCCCUCCCUGCAACCCCACGCUACCACCACGCUCUCUUCCUCUAGUUUCUGCUACUAGCCACAUGUCAUCCUCUCCUGUUGGCCCUCACACUAAUCCAUUCUCCCAUCCCUCACCGCCACCACCCUGCAUCUCCCCUACCAACCCUUUCCUCACACGACUGCAAAGGAACCCCUUUUUUGAGGAGCUCAUAGCCGAAGAAGCUUUGAAAUCUCCUCCUGCGAUUUCCGGUUACCCCAACUCUCCAUUCAACCAUUACCCAGCAUUCCCUGUGAGGAGUGGCCUUUCAAGAACUAUCCGUGAUAGUACACCAAACAAAAUGUCCUCUAUAAAGAGAGAGAGGCCUCGGAGUGUAGCUAGGCAGAGGUCCCUCCCUGCCUUAAUGCCUGGAACACCAGAGACAGUCACUGUGAACUCUAAUAAUGCAAUGCAAGCAAGCCGUCCUUUAUCUGAGAGUAGGGGGGAAUGGGAUGAAUUUGAGGCUUUGGCCAGUAGCCGUCUUAAAUCGCCAGUUGGAACUCCCACUCGACCACCCUCAGCCACAAUCCCUCCUUCACUUCCUAACCCUUAUCCAGUUGAAUACUGCAGUAUUAAACAAAAAAUGGGGGUCAUAGUUGAUGAAAGAAUCUCCAAGGACUGUAACUUACCUGCUUUAGCCUCCCGAAGGCCAGUGAGGACCCCGGUGCCCUUUCAAGAGAGGUGCUCAGACAGCUGGCUAGACCGGGCACAGGAGCUUGCUGUCCAAAAAGAAGCUUGCCUGCUCUUUCAGACAGAUUUGGCCUCACUACGACAUCGAGAGAGACAUAGAGACACAAACACCAAAGGUUCCCAAUUAGGUAAAGACUUGCACUGCACUACUCUGGAGCAGAACGUGAAUGUUUAUCUGCCUUCACAUACUGUACAAAUGCCCAGAGAUGAAAAUGGACAAGAGAAAAUUUUUCUUGAGAGAGGCCAAAAUAUUGCACUGAAGAAUUCACAAUAUGGGUAUGAACACAUACAGAAAAACUCCCAGCAUUCUGCAAGUGAUCACACUGUGCCCAAUACGCCAUUUUGCCUCUCAGACUGUGAUACAACUGUGAGUGAGUCACUGUGCAGUGACUUUCAGGUCCAGAUUAAUCCAGAGUCCUCCUCUGAACUGAAGCCCUUUUCUGAUCAACAGAUUGAACACAUAAUCACUACUGGAGACAUCACUACUCCAGAUUCCAAUAAUAAUAAUACAAAUGGCACCUCUCAGUUUGCUUUUAUUGAUUGUGACAGCUCACCUUCAGAUGUGAACCAGACUACUUUUGGAAUGAUAGAUAAAGACUGUAACAAGGCGUCAACCCAGUGCCCAGGUGCUACAGAUUUUGAUUCCUCUGGGAUUUUGUCAGUAUGUGGGUUCUCCUCAGUGUCCCCUCAAGAUUUAUUAAACAGAAUGGCAGAGCUAGAACCUUUUUCCCCGAAGGAAACUCCAGAUACUGUUGUUAUAAGUGGAAUGUCCAACAAUAACCAUUAUGAGAAACCCUGUGACAACUUAGAACAACAUAGCAUCCAACCACAUUCAAAUUUUACUGCAAGGGUUGAAUCAGAGGAUCCCAAUCACAAAGAGAGCUCUGUAAGUCCACAAACAAUCCCCCAACGAGAUGGGGAUGACAGAAGUGUGACGGCACAGCUUCAACCUGAGGCAACAGAGGACAAUAUGGGCUUAGAUGCUCCACAUGAAGUUGGAUGCUGUCUGAUUUAUGACAAGAUUAAGACUAAAACAGCUGAACUCAAGCCAGAAGCGAAUAGCUCCAAUGUUCCUGUUUCAGAGAGCCACAAGAUCAGUGAGUCACCUUUGACUCUCUCAGAUGGCAUCAGUUUUGAGGACUUGCAUGCCCGAGUAGCACCGAGAGGCUCAAGAAGCCCUUCCAAAACUGAAGUUAGAUCAGCACGCAUUAGAACACGUUCCACUACAAACUCUCCCAAGACUGACCCCAGUACAGUUUUAUCAACAGUGAGCUCUGACGUCAGUUCAACCAAACCUUCACUGUCAGACCUUCUUUUGCAUAAGAGUCCAUCCCCUUCUUUCUCCCAUCCUAAUGCCACUUCUGACCCCAGCCUGUCCUCGCUUAUGCAUUGCCCAACCACAAGGCCCAGUUUGGGAAGCACUCUGGCCGAGGCCUCCUACACCACCUCCACACUCCAGCUGCAGGCUACUGCAAAGCACACACUUACCCCAGAGGAGGCAGAGCCAGCUAGCAGUCGCCCUCCCGCUGAGGAGAGCAGCCCCCAUCCAGUGAAGCCUCUGACCAGCACAGCAGUUCCGGGAGAGAAGAAAUCAGUGCUGGAGAAACUGCGCUCCUCCAUCCACCCUGGACGCUCCACACAGCAGAGCAUAGCUGAGCCGGAGAAACCCCAGGUGUGCAUGUCAGAGGCCCACACUUACUACCAGACUCUGAGUAACAUGGAGCUGAUUGCUCUGCUGCUGCAGCAGGAGAUGGAUGCAGAGAGACAGCGGGCUGAGUCAGAGCUCCAGGCCACGCUGUUGGAGAAGCGUGAGGCUGAGCUGAAGAAGCUAAAGGUCCAGGUCCGAGAUCUGGAAGACUACAUCGACAAGCUGCUGGUGCGCAUCAUGGAGCAAACACCCACUUUGCUGCAGGUACGCGGCCGGCCCAAAUGAUGUGUGCUUCACCUGUGUGAACUACAGCUGACGUUUUGCACCCAUUUGCAAUCCUCAAGACAGUCACAGUACUGUCCUGUCCACCAAGAUACAGUAAAGCUUUGCAAACAUCAUUUUGUACAAUAGAGGGCCAGAGUCAUUGGAACAUUAUUCAACCAGUGGUCUUUCAUGUCUUUCAGUAGAAUAUUGCUGCUGUAGAUUUUGCUGCAUAAAGAAUUUCCUUGAUUUAAACACAUUGAGAAGUGUAGUAGAAAUAUACCUCCAAAAUUCAAAUAGUAUCAAUUUGUAUAUAUGACACGUAUUCAUGACUUCCAAGAUCCUUUCAACAAAACAAAAAAUCUUGCCAAGAAAAUAUACCACAAUUUGCAAAUCAAACACUGCCUAUAGAGAAGUACUAUCAAGAAUCAGUUGUUUGUAACUGGUGGUAAAGGCUUAAUUGAACAAAAUAAAAAAAUGGCCAAAAGUUUAUGGACACCUGAUCAUCACACCCAUAUGUGUUUUUUGAAAAUCUCAUUUCAGAUUUAACUUCUCUUUGCUGUUACAAUAACCUCCACUCUUCUCUGAAUGCUUUCCAAUUCACUUUGUAGCCUGGCUGUGGGGAUUUGCCCAUUCAGCCACAAGAGCCUUAGUGAGGUCAGGCACCCAUGUCAGGCGAGAAGGCCUGGGGCAAACCAUGAUUUCAUGGACCUUGCUUUGCUCAUAGGGGCAUUGUCAUGCUGGAACAGGUUUGGUCCCAGUGUUACAGUGAAGGGAAAUUGUAAAGCUAAAGCAAAAAAGGCAGUAUACUGUAUACAAUUGUGUGCUUCCAAUUUUGUGGCAACAGUCUGGGGAAGGCCCACAUUUGGGUGUGAUGGUCAGGUGUCCACAAACAUUUGGCCCAUAUAGUGUAUUUCUGUGAUUUUCCUUUGUGAUCCGUAAGCAUUUCUGCAUUUCAAAUUCUUACCAAUGUUUCCUAAAAACAGUUUGUGUAGUAUCCAGUGUGCUUGUAUGCCAUGACUGACCUUUGUGCAGAAAUGUUUUUUGGAAACUCUGAUAUCUUUCUGCUUGAAUGGAUCUUGGACAAUCCAGAAAAAAAUCUUGUUUUCUUCCAUGAACACUUCAGUGAAUAGUUCAGUUAUGUGCUUCCAAGUGUUCAAACGAAUCAGAAAUUCUCAGGUUGGUCAUCCAAUAACAAAAUAUUCCAUGAACAAAUGUGAAUUCUGUUCUGACCAUUCAAAAGAUUAUGGAUAUAAAAUAGUCAAUUUCCUAUAAAUAUAAAAAUAAAAAUAAAUAUAUAAAUAAAUAUAAAUAUAAAAAUUCCUAUAAAAAUGUCUAUAAAUAUUGCUAACAUUGAGAUUAUUUACAGAUAUACCUUACACUGUAUUAUGCAAUGACUUGCUGCUUAAGAUAGUCAGCUUCUUCCAUAAUAUCUCAGCCAAAUGAAAGCAUGUUUAUCAUCGCAGUUGAGCACUUAGAACAAAAAUGCACCUACAUGUAAGCUAUGCAAUAGUAUAUGCUAAGCAUCAUCACGUAGUUAUAUAUUCCCAUAGCUGCUUGCUGUAAAAGUAGCUAGAUUUGCAAACAUGCAAAGUAACAUAACCAUUAAGCAACCACAGGAGCCUACAUUCAGAUUGUGAAAGAAUGUAAUGAUGACUGCUUUUGUUCAAAAGAUUUCUUAACGAUCUCAGAUAUUCAUUGAAUAUUAUUUUGACAUAGAUAUAUUCAUUGUUUUCAUUUUAAAUACAGUAUUAACACUGCAUCUAUAUGUCUGUUAGAUUGUCUUAAUGUUAAUUUAAAAACAUUUUCCCAAAGUUUUUAUUAAGACAUUAUGUUUGCAGAUGCAGUGGGUUUAUCUGUAAUAUUGAAUGCUGAAGAAGGUAAAUUUUACUGCUGCAGAAAGAUUUGUUGAGUAAAUAAUUUUAUACUAAGUUUAUCAGUAACAGUUUGCAGUUGUUUUUCUCUGUUGAUUGAUUGAAUGUUGAAGAGGUUGAACUUCACCAUUGCGGUAAUGUUAUGGCUGAAGCCAUAGAGCACUGUGAGAGUACAUUGUUGAGUUGACACUUCUACAAAUUAUACUUUUGUUACAUAGCUUUUCCAGAACAUGCUCAUUUGUGUUUUACCAAGCCUUAUUUAUUCCAAGUGGUUUCAUUUGAAAAAUAAAGUUGUUAAAAAAUCA